AUGAAGGAUAACAUUUCGGUCGGUCUCGACAAGGGACACGCGGUGACUAAGCGCGAGCUUGCCGCGAAGCCUGGUUCGCGUAAGGGGCGUUGUGGUAAGCGUGUUGGAAUGAUUCGCGGCCUCAUCCGGGAAGUGGCAGGCUCAGCACCUUACGAAAAGCGUCUCGUCGAACUGCUCAAGAACGGGCGGGACAAACGUGCCCUGAAGUUGGCAAAGAGAAAGCUUGGGACGCACCUGCGCGCCAAGAAAAAGCGAGAGGAAAUGGGAAACCUUAUGCGAAAGGCUAGCCGAAAAGCGCCUGCUCCCGAGAGCAAGUAA